CUGUUCUAAACUGUGAGUCAGGCUACAUUUGACUUUAUGAAGUGCCCAAGUACUAUAUAAACACGGAUAAGCAAGAGACUUGUAUGAAGAGGGAAAGACAGAUCUUUAUAAAGACAAGACAUAGAAACGAAAGAAUGAAGAACUUUCUGCUUCUGCUGUUACUAUGUGCAGCCUCUUGUGCUGUACCUAUGAGUCCAAAAAGGAAAGAGGAAGAAGAAAUGAAGCUUGUUCAGAAGUACCUAGAAAAUUACUACAGCUUUAAGUCACACAGGAUGCCUGUUAAAAGAUGGAAAAGUGAUAAAGGUGUGGUUAACAAAAUUAAAGAAAUGCAGGAAUUCAUAGGAUUAGAGGUGACUGGGAAAUUGGAUUCUAAUACUCUGGAGGUGAUUCAGAAACCCCGGUGUGGAGUCCCUGAUGUGGCUGAAUUCUCCACCUUUACAGGACAACCAAAAUGGAAGAAAAAAAAUCUGAAAUACAGGAUUUUGAACUAUACACCAGAUAUGGCCCCAGCUGAUGUAGAUGCAAACAUCAAGGAAGCUUUUACAGUCUGGAGCAACGUGACCCCAUUGACAUUUACCCAGGUUGACAGCGGUGAUGCAGAUAUAUUGAUCUCCUUUGCGGCCAAAGUUCACAACGAUUUCAAUCCCUUUGAUGGUCCCGGUGGAACUGUUGCUCAUGCCUAUGCCCCUGGCAAUGGUAUUGGUGGAGAUGCUCACUUUGAUGAGGAUGAAAACUGGACUAAAGGCUCACAGGGUUCCAACUUGUUUUUCGUGGCUGCCCAUGAGUUUGGCCAUUCACUGGGACUCUCCCACUCUAAAUACCCUAAUUCACUGAUGUAUCCAGUUUAUAGAUACUUUGAUUCCAGGACUUUCCAUCUUCAUCAGGAUGAUAUUACUGGCAUUCAAUAUCUCUAUGGACCUUCAUCUAAGCCUCCAAAAGAGCCACCCAAAUCUACUGUCUCCUUAGAACCAGUGGAGCCAACAGAGCCUCUACCACGAAAGCCUUGUGGCCCUAAUUUGACUUUUGAUGCUGUCACCUCUUUCCGUGGAGAAAUAAUGUUCUUUAAAGACAAGUACUUCUGGCACAAACAUCCUACAACCAAAGAAGUUGACUUCGAUUUAAUAUCUUCAUUGUGGUCACAUCUACCGUCUGGUGUUGAUGCUGCCUAUGAAAUUAUGGACAAAGACGAGACAUAUCUUUUUAAAGGAAAUGAAUUCUGGGUUGUCAAAGGAGAUACUCUAUUAUCUGGAUACCCAAAGAAAAUCAGUGUCUUGGGCUUCCCAAAGGGUGUGAAGAAAAUUGAUGCAGCUCUUUAUAAUGCAAAUACAAGAAAAACAUACUACUUUGUGUCUUACAAGUUUUGGAGUUAUGAUGAAAGAAGACAGUCCAUGGACAAAAAGACAACGCUGAUAAGAGAUGAAUUUCCAGGAAUUAAUGGGAAGUUGGAUGCUGCUUUCCAGCAUAAAGGAUUUUUCUAUUUCUUGCGUGGAUCACGGCAAUUUGAGUUUGACCCCUUUGCCAAGAAAGUUACCCGUGUCCUGAGGAGUAAUUUCUGGUUCCCAUGCUAAGACCAUGAAGUCCUGAAUGAUAUGUAAAAGAACUAAACAAUAAUGCAAAUACAUUAGGGAUAACUUUUCAGUAAUUAUUUUCUGAAACAUGUAGUAGGAUUCUUCAGGUUUCAAUGCAUGUCCAUUUGAAAAACAAUAGUUAUUGUACAAUCCAUAGUUCUGCAAACAACAUAAAUGUAAUACUUAGCAUGAAUGUGUGUAUAUGUAAAUAAACAUACAUUAUAUAAA